AUGACGUGUAUAAGAGAGAAUGUGUUACAGAAAGCUUUAAAAAAUGGAAUCAAUUUUAACUCUAAUAUUUUUCGAGAUAUACAUGAAAAAUGUGGAAAUAAAGUAUUUUCAAAAUCGUAUAUGACAUAUGAUAACUAUUUAAAGAAUACUUCCCCUUGCCAAAAAACAACUUUCAUUUCCGCAAAUAUAAAUACAAAUAACUUGUUAUUUCAAAAAAAUUUAACAAAAUAUUUUUCAACAUCAUCUAUUCAGAAGGACAAAAUAAAUAAAAACGAUAUAUCAUCUGAUUAUUCAAAAAACAAUUUAUCAAUUCUUCAAAAUCCAAAUGUAAUAGUUUUGUUUGAUAAAAAUACACCCGAAACAAUUGGGCAAAAAAUUUACAGAUAUUUAGAUAUAACUGGUUUUCUUACAAGAUAUAAUAAUAGAAAAGAAUGGAUUCUUGAUUUAGAUCCAUAUACUAGGUUAUCAACCGUUAUGCUAACAGAAUAUGAAAGGAAGUUAAUUAUAUUUUUAAAAUUCCAUGUGUACUUGUUAUUUGUAAUAUGCAUGUACUUAUGGUACCAUGCACAAGUUCAUUUCACUAUGAAACCACCCUGUCCCAAACCAUAUGCAUAUGGGCAUUUAGAUGGAAGGAAAAGAGAUUUUACAUGGCAUGGAAAAUUAUUUUUUAUUUACCCAAAGACUCGAUGUAAAGAGUGUAGAUGGUUAGAUAUUCAAUGCAAAAAAGAAUGCUUUGACAAAUUAAAACAAGAAGGUCAUAAAUUUUUUAUCAAUAAUGGGGAUCCUUUGUCGGUUCCUAAAACUGUAUUAUAUCCACCACACUUUCACUAG